GUCACGUGCGAGUGAAGUCACCGGAGGACGAAUCGCUAGUAGGAACUGUUCGCAAUCAUGGGUCUGGCUGAGGGGUUGGCAGCGAGGAUGGCGCCCCACCUGUACAUACAGGAGCCCCUGAGCGCCCAGCAACUGAAGAAGCUGGAGGAACACAAAUACAGCGCUUCCGGGCGCUCUCUCGUCGAGCCACCCAUGCAGGUGUAUUGGAACUGGCUGGUGGAGAAGGUGCCGCUGUGGCUGGCACCCAAUACUAUCACUAUGGUGGGACUGCUGCUCAACGUCCUCUCCACACUUAUACUUGUCUGUUACUGCCCGACUGCAACUGAGGGGGCUCCAUUUUGGACAUACCUUCUUUGCGCCAUAGGACUUUUUGUUUAUCAGUCAUUGGAUGCAAUUGAUGGAAAACAGGCUCGAAGGACAAAUAGCAGCUCGCCUCUCGGUGAAAUGUUUGAUCAUGGAUGUGACUCCAUCUCCAUAGUAUUUGUCAAUCUGGGGACAAUCGCUGCGGUCCGGCUUGGAACCCUUCCUGGAUGGAUGUUCUACUGUUGCUUUGUGGGCAUGUUCAUGUUUUACUGUGCUCAGUGGCAGACCUAUGUAUGUGGCACUCUGAAGUUUGGCAUAAUUGAUGUCACCGAACUUCAGCUUUCUGUUACAGUAAUGUUUCUCAUGACGGCAGUUUGUGGCCCAGAAUUAUGGGACUACGAGAUCCCCUUCACUGGCCUUCCUAUGAAAACAAUUCCUCUUCUAGGAAUAAUAGGAGGAACGGUGUAUUCCUGCAGUAACUAUUUUAGAGUCAUUCUCAGCGGAGGAGUGGGUAAAAAUGGAUCCACAGUUGCAGGAACCAGUGUACUAUCGCCCGGCUUACAUAUUGGACUUGUUCUCUUACUGGCAUUAAUGAUUUAUAAAAAAUCAACGACAAACCUGUUCCUCCAAAAUCCAUGCCUUUAUACAUUAGCAUUUGGAUUUGUGAGUGCUAAAAUCACCAUUAAGUUAGUGAUAGCUCAUAUGACUAAAAGUGAAAUCUCACUUCAAGACACAGCGUUUAUUGGGCCAGGGCUGUUAUUCUUCAACCAGUAUUUCAACAGCUUCAUCGAUGAAUACAUUGUCCUGUGGAUAGCAAUGGUUAUUUCUUUUGCGGACUUGCUGAGAUACUGCAUAAGUGUUUGCCUGCAAAUUGCAACACAUCUGCGAAUAUCUGUCUUCAGAAUCUCCUCUAAUCAAGCUGCUGAGCAGGUUCAAACCCAAAAACAAAAACUCACUGACUAACUGCCCAAAAGGAGGAAAAGAAACAGAAAAGGGUUGCCUAGAAUAAAUGAUUUUCCUGCUAUACUCACCUUGAUAUAACCAACCAUCAGAGGAGAUUUAAUUACUAGUCAUGUAAUUAUACUAAAUAUUAUUAAAUAUAAGCAAGUCCCUUCAGAUUGUAUUGCUGGGCCAUAAUCGUUAUUAGACCCAGAUUCUGAGGAAAGACUGUAUUUGCUUGUUAAUUAACUGUCGGUGUUUUUUUGACCGACUAUUGUGAUUUUAUUUAAAAUUUAUAUGAACAGUGUAACUAGGAGUUAUUGGAAAGACUUUGCCAUUUUCAAACAUAUACUGCAGCUGUGCAUCAUUCAGAACCUCAUUGGGCCCUCAAGUAGCCAGUAUGGGUAAAACAUUUUUAGGUACAUUUUUCUUCUUUUGACAGAUUCCGUCACACUGACAUUAAUCUAAUGCUACUAAUGCUGCUAAUUUUUUUUAAAAAAAUAGUCAUAAAGUCUGUUGUAUUUAGUGAAGUUGAAUGCUACUUCUACAUUGAUUUUCUUGCCAAUCUGUAGGGACUUGCUUCUAAAUGAACUCAUUUAAUUUAUUUUAAUUACAUAAGCAUAUUUAAUUUCUACUAAUUUAUUUCUUUUCCUCUUUAUGGGCAUUUGAAAUUCUGUUGUUUAAACAAUGCACGGGAAUUCCUAUCCCACCUGUAUUCUAAUGCAGUUAUUUAUUUCAGAGAUUUAGUACAAACUUUGUUUUACAAACCUUCAACCAAAAAUAAGAAAAAAAAAUGACUGUGAAUCAUUUUGGGACCAACAGUAUAUUUUUUCCCAUAAAAUACUGGAAUAUUAGAGUAAAUUUAUUAUAUGAUUUAAGAGAAGCAUUGUUAUAUUGCAGAAAUCAAUAUUUUUAACAAAUGAAUUUUUUUUUUUUUUUUUAAACCAAGUGCCUUUAUUGCAGCCUUCUUUGUAGCGCUGUUAUUUUGUUAUGCUAUUAAGGAUAUUUUUAAACAGAAGAGUUGUUAAGUUUUAUUUUUUUUUUUAAUUCCUGUUUGUUAAUAAAUAUUUUAUUAUCUAUA